CCAAAGCCCAAACUGAGGAGCACGACCCAGCCAUCAGCCGGAGCUUCCUCCACCCAUCCAUGGCUCUGCUCCGCGCCGCCGCCGCCGCCCUCCGUCGCCGCACCCGCGUCCCCCCUCUCUCGGCCAUCUCCUCCUCCCCCGGCCCCGUCCCCAGCCCCGCCGCCCGGCGCCACCACAUCACCCUAAGCCGCGGCGGCCCAUGCCUUCGCUCGCCCUCCGCCUCCGCGGCGGCCUCCUCGUACUACAUCGACAGGAUCCUGCUGCCCAGAAGCUUCUCGCAUCCUCUCUCGACCUCCUCCCGGGACAGGGACAAGGACAAGGAGGAGAGCCUCCCGUCGCCUCCGCCGGCGUCGUGGGUGGAGAGGUGGCUGCCGGAGGCGGCGCGGCCGUACGCGAUGCUCGCCCGCCUCGACAAGCCCAUAGGCACCUGGCUCCUCGCCUGGCCCUGCAUGUGGUCGAUCACGAUAGCCGCGAUGCCGGGGGAGCUCCCCGACUUGAAAAUGCUGGCGCUCUUCGGGUGCGGGGCUGUCCUCCUCAGGGGGGCUGGUUGCACGGUGAACGAUCUUCUUGAUCGCGACAUUGAUAACAAGGUUGAGCGCACCAAAAGCAGGCCUUUUGCAUCAGGCGCUCUAACCCCUACUCAAGGAGUGUGCUUUCUCGGAGGUCAGCUACUGCUGGGAUUGGGCAUUCUUCUCCAACUUAACAACUUCAGCCGUGUUCUUGGGGCAUCUUCUCUUCUUUUGGUGUUCUCUUAUCCCCUGAUGAAGAGGUUCACAUUUUGGCCUCAGGCAUAUCUCGGCUUGACCUUCAACUGGGGAGCUUUGUUAGGAUGGGCUGCUAUCAGAGGGAGCUUAGACCCUGCAGUCAUCCUUCCACUAUAUACUGCCGGUAUAUGUUGGACAUUGGUGUACGAUACCAUAUAUGCACAUCAGGACAAAGAAGAUGACCUCAAAGUAGGUGUUAAGUCCACAGCAUUAAGGUUUGGGGAUUCGACCAAGCAAUGGAUCAGUGCCUUUGGUGCUGCAUCGAUUGGCAGCUUGGUACUCAGUGGCUACAAUGCUGAACUUGCGUGGCCCUACUACCCUCUUCUGACAGCUGCAGCUGCACAUUUGGCAUGGCAGAUUUCAACUGUUGACUUAUCUGACCGUGCAGAUUGCAACAGGAAGUUUGUAUCAAAUAAGUGGUUUGGAGCUUUGGUGUCCAGUGGAAUUUUGCUCGGGCGACUUGCAUCAUGAUAGAUACAUCCGGCACGAUGUGCCAGUUGUUCUUUUCUAUAGGAUACUGAUACUCCUUCUGAUCCAUAUUAGUUAUCGCUGAAACGGAUGUAUUUAGACAUAUUUCAGUGCUAUAUACACCCGUUUGAGCGACAACUAAUAUGGAUCGGAGGGGGUAGCUCUGAUAGAACCAGUACAUUUUUGUGACAAGUGCCGAAAGGACAGACUUAUUGUUUUACCUUGUCAUCUGCUAAAUGCAGUGUGCUGCAGAAUAAACAUCUGUUUAUUUCCUGGGCAUUUCUGCGCGGCGUUCCCCAUUCUGUCCCCGAUGAUAAAUAAAGGAAACAGGGGGUAUAGCAUUGUUGUAUAACACAUUGUUGUGCAUUUUACCAUCUGAUUAUUCUGAUGUACGCUCUCCACAAAAACAAGAACCAGAAACACACCCAGCCUAACGCUGUAUAUCUGGGAAGGCAGUGGAUUGCUGUGUGUGUGUGUGUGGGGGGGGGGGGGGGGGGGGGGUCUAACCUGUUAUAUGACAGCAGCGGCAUCGUACGUUAGAUGUGGUGUACUAUUUCACUCUGCAUCUACUGGUGUAAUGUUGGUAUGUGCACUCGGUCUGCAUUGUUGAACUGUCCGAUUGCAUGUCAAGAACAAUUUAGACGCGUUGUGAAUAACAUGAGCUAGUUCCUGUCUAAA